AUGUUUAGUAUACUAGCGGAAAUCAAGACGAAUGAUGAUCCUCGCGUGGACGAACUCAUUGAAGACGCGUUUGCUGUCGUCAAGUCCAGCUAUGAGGCUCCAAAACAUGCUAUCGUGCUUGCUCAUGGACUUCUGGGCUUCGAUGAGCUGAGACCAAUUGGUCACUUCUUCCCGGGAAUCGCGUACUGGAGAGGCAUAACACAGGCUUUGGCAGCCAAGAAUGUCGAAGUCAUCACAGCGCAUGUACCGCCUUCGGGUAGAAUUGAAGUGCGAGCCGCCAAGCUAGCUGAGAGCAUUGAGAGGCAAGCAAAUGGCAAAGCAGUAAACAUAAUCGCAGGUCUAGAUGCAAGACAUAUGGUGUCCCGACUCAAGCCCCCGAAUGUGAAGGUGCUAUCACUCACGACAGUUGCCACACCGCACAGAGGAUCUUCAUUCGCCGACUACAUGUUCAAGCAGAUCGGCAUGAGCAAUAUUCCCAGGCUGUACAAAGUCCUCGAGUUCUUUGGCAUGGAGACGGGAGCCUUUCGACAGCUGACCAGAGAGUACAUGGCCAAUAAUUACAAUCCAAGGACGCCGGACGUGGAGGGAGUCAAGUAUUACAGCUAUGGCGCUGCAUUCCAACCUCAUCUGACUUCCGUAUUUCGAAAGUCGCACAGUAUCAUCGAGCCGAUUGAGGGUGCAAAUGAUGGUCUUGUCAGUGUCGAGAGCAGUCAAUGGGGAACUUACAAGGGUACUCUGAAUCAUGUCAGCCACUUGGACCUCAUCAACUGGACGAACAGACUGAGAUGGUAUUUCUGGGAGCUGACGGGUAAGAAGCGGAAUUUCAACGCCAUUGCAUUCUACCUCAGCAUCGCGGAUAUGCUCGCAAAAGAAGGACUUUGA